AAGAUUUGCUCUCAAGUAGUCUCAACCUCCAGCAAAGACUUGUUAAUAUCAUAACCAACGACCUUGCAACAAGAUGGGUAUCGUAGAAAAGAUCAAAGAGAUCGAAGAGGAGAUGGCGAGGACCCAAAAGAACAAGGCUACAGAAUAUCAUUUGGGCCUUUUGAAAGCCAAGCUAGCUCGUUAUCGCGCCCAGUUACUUGAGCCAACCUCAAAAUCAGGACCUGCUGGAGUAGGUUUCGAUGUCCAGAAGUCCGGAGACGCUAGAGUUGCUUUAAUAGGGUUUCCAUCUGUCGGGAAGUCCACUCUUCUCAGCAAGACUACACAUACCGCUUCAGAAACUGCCGCAUACGAAUUCACGACACUUACUGCAAUCCCUGGUGUAAUCGAAUAUCAAGGCGCACGUAUACAAUUAUUGGAUCUUCCUGGUAUUGUAGAAGGUGCUAGUCAAGGGCGUGGACGCGGACGGCAGGUCGUUGCAACUGCCAAAACUGCGGACCUUAUUUUGAUCAUGCUGGAUGCGAUGAAGUCUGAAGAACAACGUCGAUUAUUGGAGAUUGAGCUGGACGCGGUCGGUAUUCGACUUAAUAAAAAGAAGCCUGACGUUGUGUUCAAGCGACGAACGACGGGUGGUAUUACUCUAAAUACUACAGUGAAACUGACAAAGACUGAUGAGAAGACCAUUCGCACAAUCCUAGCUGGCUAUAAGUUGCACAAUUGUGAUGUAAUGAUUCGAGAAGACAUUACAACUGAUGAAUUCAUCGACGUACUAAUUGGAAAUCGAAAAUACGUACCUUGUCUAUAUGUCUAUAACAAGAUCGAUGCCAUUAGUCUGGAACAGGUAGACAAGCUGGCUCGCACAAAGAAUACCAUAGUUAUCAGUUGUGAGAUGGAUCUGAAUCUUGACUACCUCAUAGAGCGGAUCUGGGAGGAACUAGGUCUAGUCAAGAUAUAUACUAAGAAGCGAGGCGCCCGUCCUGACUUGGAUGAUCCUGUUUGUCUUCGAAAGGGAGCCACGAUUGAGGAUGUCUGUAUAGGGAUUCACAGAUCUCUCGCUUCGAACUUCCGAUACGGACUUGUCUGGGGUCGAUCUUCGAAGUUUUCCCCUCAUGCUCAGAAGGUCAGCUUGAAUCAUCAAGUACAAGACGAGGACGUGGUUUCAAUUUUCACGAAAUAAAUCAACCCUGGGCCUAAAGUGCACCUAUCAUCUCUAUCGGAGAGGUUUUUGAUUCAGACGCGGUAUAUACCUGUUGUUGGCUGUUGUCUAGAGAAGAAUGUCUGAAACUGUGUUUUUACUCUGGAUGUACAUUUACUCCCAGUUACAAACGUAGCGCUGUAGUACCCGAGCGCUAUCUAAGCGCGAUUUGACG